UUCAGUCUUGUGCGUCUUUGCUUCAGUUCUUGACCGCAGAGGAGAGAAAAGUUGGGAAGCUUCUUCCUACACUCCAUUGGUCGCUGUGUGUAAAAGGUGGAGGGGAAAAAAAAGCUGAAGUCAGAGGAGGAAGUGAGGAGGAGGAGGGCCCAGAAGCAGAUCGACGGUGUGAGCUGACACUCCAGACUCGGGGACGAUUCCAGCGCCGAGGAAGUUUGGAGGCUCUCGUUGCUGCCUCGGGUUCUUCCUUCAGAGCAGUAAUGCGCACUCAGGGGCGCCGGAUUUCAGAAACCUCGCUCCGUGUCUCCCGCUCAGAAACGCGCCGUGAGAGGUCCAGAGGAGUCACGCACCUCUGCGGCCAGCGCCGACACAGGUAGUGGGAAAGAAACAAAAAAAAAACGGAUCCCGGAAGAACCAGUUCUGCAGGUUUAUUUCUAUAGAUCUGAUUUCAAAGCGAGAGAGGACGCACAUGCACUUGCUUACUCUUUUGAGCAAGUAGAUAUAUUUUUUAAAAGUUUUAUUUUAUGUUAUUUAUUUAUUUUUUUAAUGGAAAAGAAGAAGAUGUCCGAUUUUAUGAAGAAAUGGCUGUGCGUGGCGAUGGACGUGGUGUGCGUUCUGCUUGCAUCCCUGCCCUCCAUCAUUUUGACGGUUAGGUUCAAGCCUCAUCAACGGGGGAUUCAUUGUGACGACGAGAGCAUCAAGUACCCGCUCAAACCAGACACCAUCUCCCACAGCAUGAUGGGAGUCAUGACCAUCACCUGCACUGUCAUUAUUAUCUCCUCUGGAGAAGCUUAUCUAGUCCACAAAAACUUAAUUUACUCAAAUUCAAAGUUUAAUCAGUAUGUAGCAGCGCUCUACAAGGUGGUGGGAACCUUUGUGUUUGGAGCAACUGUCAGCCAGUCGCUCACGGACAUCGCCAAGUUCACAAUCGGCCGUCCGAGGCCUAACUUUAUGGCCGUAUGCGCGCCGAAGAACUGCACGGGAUACGUGCUGGAAAUCAACUGCACAGGCCAGUUGCACGAAGUCACAGAGUCGAGAUUAUCUUUUUACUCUGGACACUCCUCCUUUGGAAUGUACUGUAUGCUCUUCCUGGCGCUCUACGUGCAGGCCAGACUUGCGGCCAAGUGGGCCAGACUUCUGCGGCCCACCAUCCAGUUCUUCCUGGUGGCCUUCGCGGUGUACGUGGGUUACACCCGAGUCUCUGAUUACAAGCACCACUGGAGCGACGUGGUGGUGGGGCUGCUGCAGGGAGCUCUCGUUGCCGUGCUCAACGUUCGCUUUGUGUCCGACUUCUUCAAGAAGCGCCAGGCGCAUGGCUCGAGCCCAGACGCGGGGAGUUGCGAGGAGCCGGAGAGGAAACCGAGCCUGCAGAUUGCAGACGCUGAGCACGGCAACCACUGCGGCUACCGCAACGAUCCCGGCCCGUUGUGAAGAGAGGCGUCGGCUCCCUUGGCUUGCAGCCUGCAGACACCCAAAACCUGUGCAAUAGGUUCCCGACGCAGGAGCCGCAGCUCCCUUUGUGCGGUCUGCUGCUUUUAGUUCAAGUCUCGAUUCCAAUUCUGGAAACGUUCCGAUUUUUUAUUUUUUAUUUUUGACUUCAUGAGCUCAUCAGCUCCUCUUCUCCCUUUUCAACCACUCACUUUGCAUCUGCUCCACUGGAAUGAUUAAGACGGGACGCCGCCCCUGUCAAGGAAAACACAAUAACCUCUGCUUCCCUUGUAAAGGAGAAGAGAGUGCAUUGCCUUCCAAGCAUCUUUCUUGAAGUUGCAUUUAGAGGACUCCAAACUCACUGUAGCAAAGCUGUAGUUCAGUGUAACCACGUAGAAUAAUUGUUGCUCAUAUUGUCGCAAACACAUUACACUCAGAAGGUACAGUGUGUGCCUUAUUGCAAACUUGUGAAAAAAAAAUCUCUGAUGUCCUCCUUAUUGCCUGCUUCUGAGAAAUCUGCAUUUGUUCAUUUAUAUCCAGUAAGCUAACUAUUCUGUAAGACGAGCUUUAUUUCGCAGGUUGGUAUUGGAAUAUGUGGCUGAAAUUCAAUUUUAUCAACCUGAAAGAAACCGAUAUCUCUACAAGUAGUUUUUCAAAGUGAUUAAAAAAACAGUAAAGUAGUGUUAGAAAAUUUUGCUUGCUGAAGCUUGCAUUUGUUCCGGUGUUUUUCAAUUUUGUGUGUAAAGAUUUGACCUGUUCGCAGUGAGAGAGAAUUACAGCUCAAAUAUGAACGUGUGUAAAAGAUAUGGUUUGGUUUACGUAUUAGCAAGCAUUUUUAGCGCACCUUAAACUGCUCACGAGACGAGACAAUGUAGCACAAGUUGAUGUAGCUGGAACUGUGUAUCUGCACACCGCUGUGCCCUCAGAUUGGUAAUCAUCUGUCUUAACUUUCACUAAACAAUAUGAGCAACAACUUGAUACUAUGCAGGACUAGACUUUACUAAGAAUAAAGGAUUACCUUCAGUGACGCGAAACUGAACCUUUAAGAACGGAUGAUGCUUUAAAGCACAUGGUGCAUCUCAAUGACCUUGAAAUUCUUAGAUCAGGUAAUUUAAUAAAGUAAUCCAGAUCAUAGAGCUAAGCUCGUAUGGAUUCAUCAAAUACAGUGAUGUUUCAAACUUCUUUUUUUUUUCAACCGAUUUUUAUGAUUACGGCUAACAGAUGUUGGUCCAUGCGUUCCCAUAUUCUACAGUAUAUGUAUAAUUUGGUCAUUGUUCAUUUUAAAGGAAUAACUGCAUCAUUGAAAUGUGGCAUGGGGCUUUUUGGUUGUCAGGAAACCCAGGCUGCUUUAAUGGCUUUCAGCCCGUUUGCAAUGUUGAGCCAUGUGUCUCAGUCAUUCGCCUGAAAAUCCUUCAUAUAUUCUCUAUAGGAUUUUGAUCAGGCAAGAACUUGCAGGCCAAUCCAGCUCUGUAAUACCAUAGUAAUUAAAGAAGGCAUCAGUACUUCUGGCAGUGUGAGUAGGUGCCAGGUCCUGCAGGAGGUUCAAAUCUGCAUCUCUGCAUAGCUCAGACAAAAGCAUGAAAUGCUCUAAAAUGUUAUGUUGGGAUGGAUUUUAGACCACUUGACAAUAGUCUCAAUAUUUUUUCUCUUUAGCCUGGGUGAGACAAUACUGAUAUCUGGUUCAGGAGUAUUUUAGCACUUAACAUUUUCUAAGACUGACUUUGUUUUGUUUUUAUUUUGUUUGUUUUUAGCUAAAAGCCGUAAUCAUUAAAUUUAGCAUUUUUGCGUCAUAUAUCUAUAUAAAACAAGGUUUACUUUUUGCAUGUAAAUGUUGAGCUAAAUUGCCAUUUAAUAUAAUUAUAAAUCAUUGAGAUGCAUCUAUGCACAUGCUUUAUGCUCUUUAAAAUAGAUAUGCUGUAUUAAAACUGAUUCUUUGAAUUUACAAAGCUUGGGAGUCAUUUCUCCUCGUGUUACUUUUCCUCAUGUGGGACAAAUUGGACUGCAGCGGUAAAGUUAUUGAUGCUAACAGCUUCCAGUUCAGUGCGACUUGAUGCACCACACUGCUACCACUAUAUUGCUCAAGACAUUGGUUGAAAGUUUGACCACCAACUUUUCUUUUUCUUGUUUAAUUUUCUUGUUUGAUUUUACGAAUAGUCAAAGAAGGACAAGACGGCCGUUUGAAAAGGCUGUUUUAUUUAUGCGUAAAAUAAACUUUCUAUACACUUUGUACAAGGCUGGAAAUGCCAGUUUUAUUGAAGUUUGUCUGUGCAAUCACAUCUGCUUGCCACUAUGAGCCACAAAUACUGUAUCUACUAAUGCUAUGAGACUUUAUAAAGGAUGAUUGUGAGUGUAUAUAUAUAUAGCAGGUUUUUGCUUGUGUACUUUUACGUCUGUAUAAUUCUAAUUCCAUAGUUGUGUUUCAGCCACUCGGGCUUGUCUAUUUGAUUCAGUACCCGGUCUAGGACAGUUGCCAUGGUUGGUCUUCAGAACGAUUGUUAUUGUUGUGAUAAUGAGUGACAGGCUCAACUGGGUUUUUAAAGCUGGUAAAACUGCUCUGCUCAAAUUUUGAUCUCCAUUCGCUUUCUCGUUUUAAGGUUUGGAAUCCGGUUUUGGGCCAGUCUUUUGUGACGAUCACUGCUGGAUUGAAAAUAGAUCAGACAGACUACUAAUUUCACAGGCUAGAUGUAAAAUAGACAGAGACAAAAGUGAAGAUGGAGAAAAUCCGAUCUAGUUGUCAUUGUUCCAUUUGGACAAUAAAGUCUGAAUUGUCUAAAAUCCAAAUUGUAUCAACUUUAAUGCCCCCUGAAGUCAGAAUACUGACUUGGAAUGAAAAAAAAUGUUCUUGCCAAGUCUGACCUCAAAAUCCAACAUGGCCGCCAUACAUACAUAGCAGUGGUAGCUGUGGUAAUCAAAGGUUUAGCAGCACGCAUAGCAGCUUGUAACUCUUUAAAUCUCUCUCACACUCAAUACUGUACAGCCUCUCUUAAAGAAUAUGUUGCUAUGGUAUUUGAAUGUUCAAAAUGAGAGGAAAUUUAUUGUUUUGACCCUUUAUAGCUAAUUAAUAUUAGUUUGGUCACUAAGUACAACAGUUCCCAAAUCCCACUGCCUUUCCAGCUUGUGUCUAACACAGUAAAGUUGACUGUGGCAUAAUUUGGGAUCUGAAUUCUGACUUUUGAUGAAGAGUCAACAACAACAGAUAUUGGUUGUGGUGCUUGGUUCUGCCCUUUCCUCUUUUUAAUAUACAUAUUGCACAGCAAGACGAGCAUCACAGAUAUAAACAAGAUUUAAACAAACUAAGAGUUUUAACAGGUUAAAGUGUCCAGUUUUGUCUAUAAGCUUCACAUACAUUUUAACGUGUGUCAACUUGUUUAUAUUAUCUUUGCUUAGGUGUAGCCUGUAGAUUAUGUCUAUGGUCUUCAACCUGGAUAGUUUUAAAUAAAACUAUAUUCCACCUUAAAA